AUGGGGCGAUGGCCCUUGGAAUCGAAUGAUGGGGAUGAUGGCCUAAGUGGCCGGGGGGGGGGGAGGGCGCAGGGGGUAUGCCGUGGGGGAAGCCGGGCGCAGGCAGGGAACGGCGGGCGAUCAGCGCCCGGUGGGGGGGGUAUGCCUCCAGAUGCCGCAGCGCAGAUGAUGGGGAUGAUGGCAGGGCGGGAUGCGGGGGGGAUGCAGCACUGUAUGCAUCCCGGGAUGCAGGGGGGUGCAGGGGUCACCGGGAGGGGACACGCUUCAUCUGCCAUUUUUGGCCUCGGCGCUGCCCUCUUUACAGCCAUUGCCACCUUCAACGCCAACGCUAGUGUCAUCGACGAAUACUUGGAGAAGAGCAAGGCUAACAAGGAAUUGAAUGACAAGAAGAGGCUGGCAACCAGCGGCGCCAACUUCGCACGUGCCUACACCGUUCAGUUCGGCACGUGCAAGUUCCCGGAGAACUUCACCGGAUGCCAGGAUCUUGCCAAGCAGAAGAAAGUUCCAUUCAUUAGUGAUGAUCUGGCCUUGGAGUGCGAAGGGAAAGACAAGUACAAGUGUGGCUCUAAUGUGUUUUGGAAAUGGUGAAAUGUAUAUGAGCUGACUACA